AAUGGUAUCUUGAUGCUUCUUUUUCCUCUCUAUCCUCUCCUUCUCUCUCUAUACAUACAUAUGUAUGUAUAAAUUGUGUGUUUGAACUUUCUUGAACUCAGAAAAAGUUGACACCUUUCAGUUUCCUAUCAUGUAUUCAUUCUUGUGAAGAGUGACUGAGAUUCUUUACCAUUUUUUUCUCUUUAAAAAUGAAAUUUUAAUAUCUUUAUAAUUGUUGUAAAAUAAGUAUAAAUAUGAAGUCAUACCCUAUAACUUAUCUUGAUCACACGGGUUAGAAUUAAAAGGUGCUUUUUUGUCUCAUCUUCUUUGAUUUCGUUUUCCCAAAAGCCCAUUUUUCAGUUUCUCGAAAGAAGAGCUUUUUUUGCCCUCUUGGAAUUUUGCAAAACCACAGAAAAAAAUAGGGUAGUUUCACUUUCUAUGUUUCUACUAACCUUUUGGUUCAUUAGCUUCUUCUGUUGAGUGCUUUUACCAUUUGAGAAAAACUUUGUAAAAGCUCUCAACUUUGGGGGCUUAUUGAAAAAGACACUGGGAAGCAAGAUUGAAGGCAAUGGCAGAUUGGUAUGGAAAGAGUUCGAUGGAGGAUCAAGAUUUUCAAGAAGAAGAUGUGUGGAGUGUUAUGAAGGGAAGAGAAGAGUCAAACACAAAAGUCAACAAACCCCAUAAGAUCAAAAAAAGAUCAUCAUCAUCAUCAUCAUCAUCAUGUGCAUGGACAUCUCACGAUGGUGCAAGAAUGAUACCUAGGUGCAAUGAGGGUAGGAUGCCACGUCAUCAGCAACAAUCCUCAGCUCCAAUGGGUAUCCCCGACUGGUCAAAGAUUUACAUGGAGAAAAGCAAAGGUCCAAGUGAUGGAUGCUAUGAAGAUGGUGAUUAUCAUAAUCAUGGUGCCCAUGAUGAUGAUGAUGAUGGUGAAAUGGUGCCACCACAUGAAUACAUUGCUAGAAAGCUAGCUAGAAGUCACAUUACUUCUUCUUCUAUGUGUGAAGGUGUUGGGAGGACUCUCAAAGGAAGAGACCUCAGCAAAUUGAGGAAUGCCAUUUUAACCAAAACCGGUUUUUUAGAGUAAUCUUCCAUGCCCAUCCAUCAAACCAUCAUCAUCAUCAUCAUCACCAUCACCAUCACCAUCAUCCUCAAUCUUGUUUUGAUUUUCUCUUGGUUACUUUUCUAGAAGUUAGCAAUAGUUAGCGGUUCCGACAUGAGAUCUUUAUGAUUAGAUAUAUCAUAUAUGUAAGCGGGAGUAUCGAAUAGUUUUGUUAUGAAAGUUUGAGGAUUUAGUUCUA